AUGAAUAAUAAUUCAACUCUUAGUGAUUCAAGUCUUACAAACAAUUUUAAUAAUAAUGAUUCUGAGGAAAAAUCAUUAUCAGAUAUAUUAAAUAUUCCUCUUCCAAAAAGUAAAUUUAAUGUUAUUUUUGAUGUACUUAAUGUCAAAGUUGAUGAUUUACUUGAAUAUAAAUCAGAUCCAAAGGUUAACGAUUUACUUAAACAUAAAAUUGCCCAAGUAAUUGUUGAAGAAUUUAAUGAAGGAAAAAAUAAGAACUCUAAUUUAUCUAAAAAUGUAAAAUUGGAAUGUUUUAUUGAUUUUAUAAAUAGAAAUUUUGAUUGUUCUGAAAAUAAGUUAAUGGAUUUAAUUGGCACCAAUUUUAUGGAAUUCUUACGUUCACAAAUUGGUAAGCAAUAUUUUAAUGUUUUUUGGAGUAGUGAGGAAAAAGAUUACAUUGUUUCUAUUACUACAGCCAUUCCAAGUAAUAUUCCAGAAAAAUUAAUUAAUUUUUCUGAAAAUAGUUCAAUAAAUUGUGAAAAUACUGAAAAAGUAAAUUCACCAACAUUUGGAGAACAAAUUAAAGAACAAUCUUUUUCUAAUAUUUCUCAUCCUCCAAACUAUAGAUUUUCAAAACAAAUGCCUAUGUUAAAUUCUGGAAAAUCAAAUAUGAUUGUACCAAUUAUAAAUCUUUUAAACAAUCCAAAACCAACUUAUUAUAUGGAUGAACUUGAACCUUCUUCAAGAAUUAUUAUGGGGAAAAUAAUGAUUUAUUUUUGUUAUUAUUUGGCUCUUCCAAGAAAAGAAAUAGUUACAAAUCAUUUUAAAGAAAAUAUGACACUUUUUUCUGGCUAUACUUUUAAUAAAGAUUGGUAUAGACUUCUUUUUGCCAAAACAACAAUGGCAAAGAUGUUUAGUGAAAUUUUUUUUAAUGAAAUAACUUGCCAAUCUGGAUAUACUGGUGGUGCAGCUGUUUUUAUUUUAAUUAAUGAGGAAGAACUUUGGUCUAGAAUUGAAGAAAAUAUAUUAAUUUACAACAGUUUUGGAGUCCACCAAAUUGAUCUUAAUAAGUUAAAAACUGUUAAAAUUCAAGGAAGUCGUUAUUUACUUGAUGCAAAAAAUUGGAUACCUGUUGGUGCAAAUGCAAUAACUCUUUUUGGUUUUAAUGCUAGAGGUAUAUACUUAAAUUAA